AUGCUGGGGCCAAUGUCUUCGCAGCCGCAAACAAAUGGGUCGGCCCCGUCGAAACUGGCUGGCCGUCAACACUGUUUCCUAUGCGAUCUCCCCCGUUGGCCAUGGGCCAUGUGUGCCGAUUACGGAGAGCCCGUCUGCCGUGGAUGUGUCAAUUAUGAAGGAGCUGAUCGGAUCGAGAGCGUUAUUGAACAAGCACGACAGAUGAAGCGAAUUCACGGAUUCCCGGUGGCGGACAUGACAAAUGGUCGUAAGAAGGACCUCCCAGUCAACCAAGGCCCAGGCCGUAUUUCGCCACCCCGAAACGUGCCCGUCUCAGCCCCGGCGCCGACCCCGUUAAACCCGCUGAACCCGUUGGCUUCUUUUGGAGAGUCCUUGCAGGCCUUCGUCCAGCAGCAGCGUCUCCUCCAGCUCGCCUCGACAAUUGGCAACCGGCCGAACGGCUUCACCGUCGAAGAGCUGGCCCUGAUUCAGCAGCAAAUGCGCCCGGCCCUCCCAAAUGGGCUCUUGCACCAAGGGAUCCCCGGUUUUGGGUGCCUUCCCAACAUGGGGCUGCCACGAAAGCGUGAUCACGAGGAUGACAAGAGUGAGGUGUACGGGAAGGUGCAGCGAGGAGACGCCCAGACGACAUCAGUCUCGCCUACAUCUACACAUUCGCCCGAUCAUCCGGCGACAAGACGUAUGGCAUUUCCGCCAAGCCAAGACCGCGUGCUGCGGUGUACCCUCUGCCAGGAGCGGCUAGAAGACACCCAUUUCGUCCAGUGCCCCUCAAUCCAGGGCCACAAAUUCUGCUUCCCCUGCAGCAAGGAGAGCAUCAAGAAGCAGACCCACGGCCAGGAGCUCUAUUGCCCGUCGGGGGAUAAAUGCCCCCUCGUCGGCUCGGCGAUGCCGUGGACCUUCAUGCAAGGCGAGAUCGCCACCAUUCUUGGCGAGGAGUACGACGAGUUCAAACGAACCCGUGAAGCUGCUGGCCUCGGCGCCGGCUCCAUCCCGCCGACCCAGGCCCAUUCCGGGGGCUCCGCCUCAUCCUCUGGUGGUGCUCAGAGUAGCCCCGCGUCCACGACCACCACCGGCUCGUCCGCUGCCUCAACCGCUCUUCUCAUCAAC